AUGUCUGUGGCUCGGCUUUCCACCGAGGAUGACGAUCGAGAGUCCAAAAAGGCCAAGAAGAAGGCUUCACCAGUGCUAGGCUUUUCGGACGAAGAUAAGAUCGGGACCAUCCAACCCCAUAACGAUGCUCUAGCAGUCACACUCAGGAUUGGAGGAUAUGAUGUGAAGAGAGUGCUAGUAGAUCAGGGCAGUGCUGUUGAAGUAAUGUACCACAACCUGUACAAGGGGCUAAACUUAAAACUCGAGGACCUAUCGACGUACGAUUCCCCUCUGGUAAGUUUCGAGGGAAAGACCGUUAUUCCAAAGGGACAGAUCAGAUUGCCCAUACAAACCAGUUCAGACGUGGUGGAGGUGGAUUUCAUCAUAGUUAACGCUUAUUCACCCUACACGGCUAUUGUGGCUAGACCUUAG